CGACACUAUCAAAGAUUCUAUCGACCCACUCUCCCUUUACAACGAAGCAUCCAGCCUUCGAGUUUUUCUCGUCAACUGUAUAAAUUCUCUUUCCUCUCUUCGGCCAUGUACAGACAGCGUAUGUUUCUUGCGUCGUAAGUAACCUCUCUAGUCUCUCGACCGCAUUUUCCGCUAGACCAUUAGCUGUCGACUUGAUUUGGCCAAGGGAGAGAUGAGAAACAAGGAGUUGGAAUAGAGGGGAAGGAUCCGCAACCGAAAGUGAAGCAAAGGCACCAGCGACAACACCGAGCACAAUAACACUUAUCAGACGCUUUAAUGACGUUGAUGACUUUGUUGGAUGCUUGUUCUGAGACUUGGGAAACCUUGGACUAUAUCUUGUGACAAGCUUAUCAACAAACAAUGACAAGCUACCGACAAAUUCUUCCGAUCCAUCUGGGGCACUCCAUCUCUAUUCCAAACUUCCAAUAUUCACGGAAACAUUCACAGCCUUGGUCGUAGAUCAACCGCACUGACGUCCAACUCUAAGUAUCUGAGAUCGUUGAUCUAUGAUACGUGUUUCUGGGUAAGGUUGCGGAUGAAGCAGAGUGCCGACGUCGGGAUACUAAUAGACCCAAAAUAAACAUCCCAAAUUUAUUUACUGUCUGGUCAUACUCCAUCCAUCCCGCAUUCGUCUUUCUCCCAUCAAUGAUAUAAAACCAGAUCGUCGUUCUUUCUCAGCGCUCUUCUGCUUGACCCGGACUUUUUGUUAUAUGACGGGCGUUGACUGGCAUUCCCCAGUUGAGAUCACACAUAAUUCCACCUCGUUCGGGAACCUCCUGCACGUUCUCCUAGGCCUCUAUAUAUGGGAAUGGCUGACUUCGCUUGACUUCGAGUAUAAACUUCUUAUCGGAGAACACAAGUUUAGAUGGCCUUUGAUUUUCUAUUUCUUGAAUCGCUAUAUGGUCUUCAUCUGCUUGAUAGCAUUCACGGUCUCUCUAAACAUUCAGCAACCGCUCGACUGUCAAGGCCUGUAUGUCUUUAUACAGACGAUGGGAGGUCUUUCAGCUGGACUGGCCUGUGCCAGUCUUGCGAUUCGAACGAUAGCUGUAUGGAGGAAUGACCUUUACGUCGUAGUCGGAUUGACCCUUCUCAUCAUGGGUCAUUGGGCGUUCAUCCUCCACAAUGCCACGCUCGUCAAAGCAGCAUGGUUAGAAGGGACAGGCUGCGUUAUAACUAAUAACAAGCCUGCUCUGACAACUGGAGCUUACAUCUAUGUCAUGGUAGUUGACUUUAUCGUGUUAUGCCUCAUGGCCCGCAGAACUGGAAUAUGGAUGAACAACAGUGCUCGCCUAAUCAAGAUUUUAUUUCUGGACGGAUUUUUAUAUUUUAUUGUAGCGUUUGUGGUCAACUUGGUGGGCGUCAUCUUUAGUGCCCUCAAUCUAAAUCCCGUCAUGUCAGUGAUUGCACUGGUACCUGCCACUGUCAUAUCAUCGAUUGCUGCAUGUCGGGCGGUCAGACACCUGAGCAGCUUCGUUCAUCACGCUGAGGUCAUCGGCGUACCAGAGGCAGAACCGGGGACUUCCAGUAGUCUUAUAUUCACACCACGACAGUUGUUGUCCGGAAGCGUGUCUGUUACCGUCUCAUGUUGCUCCAACAUCGAAGGCGUGUAGUCAAAGUCCUGUGGCCGACCUUUUUGACGUCGAUCGGAAGCUGGUACUAAGGGAUUGGCCUAAUUUACUGUACUAGUACCGGUACCCACUCAAGCAGUGAGGAGACUAUAUUUCAUUAUAAUGGUAGUAGCUAAUUUAGCCUCUUAAUUAUAAACUUUCGUACUAAUGGCAAGCCUAUAAUCCAC